ACGAUGACACGGAGCAGUAACGCUUAACGAUGGGUGACGUUCUAGCUUAUGAAGCUGAGUUACUUGGACUAGUGAGAGAGUAUUUGGAUUUUGCUGAAUUUGAAGAAACACUGAAGGUAUUUACAAAGGAAUGUAAAAUAAAAGGGAAGACACUACCUAAACCAGCAGGUGUUUCCUCAAGAGAUUCAAAAGUUUUGCCUGUUCAGAAAGAUCUGCUUACAGCAUUUGAAAAUGGUGAGCAGAAAGUUUUCUUCCAGCUCUGGGAGGAGCACAUUUCAUCUUCAGUCCGGGACAAUGAACCGGUUGCUCAGAAGCUGGAGUUCUAUCUUCACAUCCACUUUGCCACCUACCUCUUAAAACAUUCUAUGGGAAAGCCUGACAAAGCUGAAUUUGAGGAAAGGAUUUCUCAUUUUAAGGCAUACCUGGAAACAAAAGGAGCUGCACUGAGCCAAACUACAGAGUUUCUUCCCUUCUAUGCUUUGCCUUUUGUUCCGAACCCCAUGGUACAUCCUUCAUUUAAAGAACUUUUCCAGGAUUCUUGGACGUUGGAUUUGAGGACAAGAUUGGAAAAGUUCCUGUCUCUGACUCUCAAAGCCAGACAGACUCCCCGGCUUCUCAAUUUAUUUAAGGAGAAUGGACAGUGCAACAAAGAAAUGUUGCAACAUCUUCAUCAACAAUUAGUGGAAUCUGAGCAUAGGACCAUGACCUACCUGAAACGAUUUAACAAAAUGCAGGCAGACUACCAUAAUCUCAUAGGAGUCACUGCAGAGCUGGUGGAUUCCUUGGAGGCCACAGUCAAUGGCAAGAUGAUCACACCAGAGUAUCUUCAAAGUGUUUGUGUUCGCUUGUUUAGCAAUCAGAUGAGACAAAGUGUAGCACAUAGUAUUGACUUCACAAGGCCUGGAACUGCUUCCACAAUGUUAAGAGCAUCUUUAGCCCCUGUGAAGAUGCAGGAUGUGCCAUUGUUGCCCUCUUUGGAUUAUGAGAAGCUGAAGAAAGAUUUGGUUACAGGGAAUGAUCGUCUCAAGGCCUUCUUACUGCAGGCUCUGCGCUGGCGCUUGACAACAUCAUAUCCUGGAGAACAGAGAGACACUGUCCUGCAAGCCUACAUCAGUAAUGACCUCCUAGACUGCCACAGCAACUGUCAGAGAAGUGUCCUCAAAUUAUUACAUUCUAAGAGUGAGGUAGUCAGACAGUAUAUGGCAAGGCUCAUCAAUGCUUUUGCUUCACUGGCAGAAGGUCGUGUCUACCUUUCUCAGAACCCAACGUUGCUGCGAAUGCUGGAGGAGAGACUGAAAGCUGAAGACAAGGAUUCCCUUACAUGGGAGAAUGUUCUGGGGGCUCUGCAGAAAUUCAGCCUCAGGCGUGCACUGCAGUCGGCAAUGAUCAAAGAUGGGCUCAUUUUCUGGCUGGUUGAUGUUCUAACAGAUACAGAUUGCCUGUCUGAUUACACACUGGAGUAUUCUGUUGCCUUGCUCAUGAAUCUUUGUCUGCGGAGUGCAGGGAAGAAAAUGUGUGCAAGGAUUGCAAACCAUGUGCUCAAAGUUCUCUCUGAUCUUCUUGGCCACGAGAAUCAUGAGAUACAACCAUAUGUGAAUGGAACACUGUAUAGCAUUCUUGCCAUCCCUUCUGUCCGAGAAGAAGCCAGAGCAAUGGGAAUGGAAGAAAUUCUGCGCUGCUUUAUCAAGGAAGGAAAUGCAGAGAUGAUCCGACAGAUUGAAUUUAUUAUCAAGCAGCUCAAUUCAGAGCCAUUAAAUGAUAGUAUUGUGUCUGACGAUGAAGAGGAAGAAGAUGAUGAGGAAGACCAUGACAUCAUGGAGGCUGAUCUGGACAAAGACGAGGUUUUGCAACCUCAACUGGGAGAGCUUGCAGGAGAGAAGCUGCUAACAACUGAGUACUUGGGAAUAAUGACUCAUACUCCAAAAACCAAGAAGAAGCUGUUUCCUGGUGUCCAUCAGAGUACAGAUGAGCCUCUCCAGAGACCUGUGACGCCAGGUUAUCACCGAACUGUGUGCCUAAUGCCAGAAAACGAUACCAAUUCUUGUCAUGAAAGGGAUGAGAAGCUGCAGUCUCUGCAGAGUGGUCAUCCUCCCAGUUGUGGUGGGAGCAGGUCCAGCAUUUCUGACCUCUGCAUUUCCCCUUCAUCAGUUGAAAUGAAGUCAUCUAAAGUGUUCUCAUCAGGCCAUAGGAUGGACCGAAGCAUCCCAGCUGAUGACAAUAUCUUGUCCUCCCGAUCUACUGACUUCACCCAGGACAAAGUAAACGGGCAAUUGCAUAGCGAAUUUCCCUCAGCCUUCACCAGCAAACCCAAGAUCCCUCGCACUCCUGAAGUGCGGAGCACCAGCCCUAGAAAGGGAAAGAUCCCAGCCAUUGCCCCCCAGUUCUCUCAGUCUGGACCCCAACAAACAAGCCACCCCAGCUCCUCAGGAUCAUCCACAAAGAGCAGACAGAGCAGCCAGUCCUACAGGAAGUGAGAACAGUUCCUUUCCUCGAGAAUCACCUGUCACAUUGUUGAAGGACAGAGCCAGCUUCCUGUAAUGAGCUUUACUGGCGACCUACUGAGAAGAGAGUG